AAUUAUCCCGUUGAGAAGUUUCUGUCUAAACAAGAAAAUAAUGGCGACAUGGGACAUUAUUUACAGAGCAUUCGUCAACGGUUAAAAGUAUGAAUGGGAAGGUGACAAUCGGUGGUUCAAAUGCAAGUGACAUUGCUCACAUUAAGGCGGGCUUUGGAUGGAUUUAUCUUAGUAGUUCUCGGGAUUAUAUCACUGGCGCUGAUCUAUCGACCUGACCGGCUCUUCCCAGGACUUAGUAGCACGCGGACUUCUGUUGGUAACCGAAGAAGAUUUAUUCUCUCGCUUGAAUUCAACGACGAUGGUUUCCACUUUAAACGGCACAGGAAGGAGAGGUUCAUGUCUUACGAGCCGCCGGUUGGUAGCUGGAGUGAUCAGCUGUUGGCGUUUCAGAACGCAGUCAUAAUCGCGGCAUUACUCAAUCGCACGCUACUUGCACAACCGCUGUUCAGCGAGCUAGAGAGUAAACGGCUUAGAAAACAUGUGCGUGAAGAUUUAAAGAGUGAUUCUGAAGUUUUUAAACUGAUAAACACCAAGUUCCUUGUCCCGAUAUCAGCUGUUAUCGACUUAAGCCGGCUUUCUCAUUUGAUUCGAGUGAAUCCUAUCCAAACAUCACACGCGCAAUUCCUGGAAAAUUACAAGAAUCUGACAUGGCAUAGUGUAUGCCACAAAAGUGCCUUAGGGUUUUGGCUGGAUUUCAUUCCAUCGCCAGAAAAUUCUCGCGCCUGGAAUAUCCUACAAAAGCAAACAUUUCUUCCUCUUAAGACCUUCUUUAGUGGAGUUGAGCCUGUGUGCGAACAAGAGCUUGAAAUGGUUGACAGUGUUAAGAAUAGCGCUCCGUUACUCCGUGGAAUCCUCACGGAGCUUGCUUUUCAUGGUGAAGACUUGAUCUAUUUCCGAGGAGGCUCGCUCGCUACCAGGGAAUUGCGAUUCCUCUCGAAAAAGCGAACUGCUCAAGCCCAAAAGUGGGUGUCCGAUUUUAUUAGGUUCUCCCCAUACUUGUUGAAAAGAAUGUCACAAAUGGCAGAAAACAUAAGAAAACCUUACAAUGCAGUGUUCAUAGCACCAAGCAAAAACCCCGAUGUAUUUAAUAAUAACAUUCGCUACCGACUCAGAGAAAUGGAGAAGCGUAAAUUCCGCUCUAUAUCUAAUAGGCUCUACAUAGGCUCCAGCCAGGUGGACUUGCGAGACCUGAAAGGCUUUAUGGACCUUGGGUAUGAGCUUUACUCUCCUAAGGAUAUCAUCCCUGAGGGAAUCAGCGAACAUAUAAAGUACGACGUCAGGAAACUCUUAGGAGAACUACUGUGCAAAUUUGCGAUACUGUACGAAGGCCCGAUGGACACCUUCGCAACCCAGCGAGCACGACUCCACGAAGCGCGGCGUAUGGACGAUUUACUGAUCGAUCACAUUAGCGUCAAGUGGGCGGGGCAUACUAUAAAAAGGCCUUAUAUGGCUGAAAGAAAAGAGGAGGCAACAACGAAGCCCGAAAGUGAUGGACUAAGAGUGAUGUUCUGUAGGAUUUGCAAGACGAUGCAAAUUCGGCUGAAAAACGCCACUUGUAGACCUAUCCUUUCCGACUGUAAAAAGAGAAAAAUAUAAAUUCCUGUCAGGAUAUCUAAAAAUGUAGCAAUACUAUUGAUUUUUUCAUACUAUUUGUUCACUGCAUAAAGACACACAUGAGUGUUAA